AUGUGGUAUACCGAUGAAGAUGAAGAGACAGCAGAGAUCAUAGACAACAUUGAAAAAGAGGAAACUAAAAUCAUCAAGCAGAAAGCUUUUCACCAUAGCCAUCAUCAACAAGUGUUGAAUCUUAUGAAUAACAAUAAUAAUCAACAAGAUUCAAACUCAGAUAUAAAUAUCAAUAAUAAUAAUAAUACAACCUUUGUAAAUAAUAAUAAUAAUAAUAGCAACGACAACAAGAUGGAUAGAAAUAAUAAAUCAUUAAAUGAUAGUGAUAAUAAUGUAAUUAGAAGUUCGUCGGGGUCAUCACCAUCACCUUCACCGUCACCAAUGGCUUCAUCUAGUGACACCAUGUUUGUCAUUGAAGAGUUACCCGAGUCAUCAAGUGGUGGAGCAACUACUACAGCUAUCAACCUUCAACUACCCAAGUUUGUAGAUACAGCUGCACCAACACUCCAUCUCUCACCCAUCCCUAAAAAGAAAAUGAUCAAUGAUGACGAUGAAGAAGAAGUAGAAGUGGAACCAAACAUACUACCAUCAUCAUCAAAUAGAGAUACACCCAAUCUAAUUAGUGGUCUAAGAAGUAUCAAUGAAAGUAAAGAUGAUAUUCCCGAACCAACUACACCAAUCACACCACAAACCCCAUCAUCAUUAUCAACAAGUAAAGAUAAUAAUAAUAAUAACAAUAUUAAUAUUGUUAAUCUUAAUAAUAAUAAUAAUGGUAAUAAUCAAUUUACAUUUAUACAUUCACCACCAGAUUUAUCAACAAUGACACAACAUCAACAUAAUAUUUAUGUUGGUAAAUUGGUAUUUUCACAAUUCCUAAACAAACAUACAUGUUAUGAUGUCAUCCCAAUCAGUGGAAAGGUGGUUGUAUUGGAUACCAAACUCGUUGUAAAAUCGGCAUUCUAUGCUUUGGAAGAGAAUGGUAUAAAGUCUGCACCUCUUUGGAGUCCAGAUCUUCAAGACUUUACUGGAAUGAUUACUGUAUCUGAUUUUAUUGAUAUCUUACUCUACUAUUACAACAAACCAAAAUCUGAUAAUAUCUUUCAAGAUAUGGGUAUUCAUAGAAUUGAAACUUUUUGGAGAGAAAUUAAUGUAGAAAGACCAAAAACUUUAAUUUAUACUGAACCUGAAACCAACCUUUUUGAAGCUGCUUCCCUUUUGUUAAAAUAUAAAAUCCAUAGAUUACCAGUUGUCGAUAAAAAGGAAACAAAUUCUAUUCUUCACAUUCUAACUCAUUCUAGAAUAUUAGCAUUUAUGAUGAAAAGUUUACCAGAUUUACCAAGUGGUUUAUUAUCAUGUACUUUGGGGUCACUUGGAAUUGGAACAUUUGAAAAUGUUUGUACUGUGAGCGUAGACACUCCACUUGUUCAAGUUUUAAAGUUAUUGUCGGAAAAGAAAAUAUCUGCUGUACCAAUAUUAGAUGAAUCCGAUAAAGUAGUUGAUGUUUAUUCUAAAGGUGAUGUUACUCUUAUGGCAAAACAAGGAAUUUUAUCACCAUCAGAUUUGGAUAAACCAGUUCAUCAAGUAUUAAGCACAUUCUCCAGACUAUGGCAAAGACCAGAACAAGUAUAUUCAUGUACAAAGAACGAUAAAUUGGGUGAUGUGAUUGAAAAGUGUAUAAAAAAGAGAGUACAUCGUUUGAUAGUGGUAGCAAUCGACUCUUCCAAAAAGGUUGAAGGUAUUCUUUCAUUGUCUGAUAUCUUAAACUUUUUAUUAAAUCUAAAUAAAUAUUAA